AUUAGUGAUUGGAAACGUGCUAUAUUUUAGUUUACAAUGAACGUGUGCAAAGCUUUAUUAUACAUGGUGGUUGUAAUGAUAUGUACGCAAGGAACGCCGGUUGCGUGUUACGGAAAAUCUGUUAGGUAUUCGUUUCUGCCAAGUGUUGAGUACCACCUAAUAGUAUCCAGGUUGGUCAAUUUUUAUAAAAGACUUGAGGUAUUAGAGUCAGGAAUGAUGAAAAGUAUUGCGUUUGAGUCGUGCAAGAAGAUUGUAUUGAAACGAUGGGGCAAAUACCUAAUAAAGCCUUUCAAAAACGAUGAACCUUUCCUGGGAUAUUGCGAACAGACUUCUUUCGGAGGAGGUUGGCUAGUGAUCCAGUAUCGUUACGAUGGAUCGGUGGACUUUUAUUGCAACUGGACUGAGUACCGGAAUGGAUUUGGCAGCAUAGAUGGAGAGUUCUGGCUUGGGCUGGAGCAUUUGUAUCAGUUGACCUCUUUGCAAAAACACGAACUGCUGGUGGAGCUGAAAGACUUCGAUGGAAACUACAAGUACGCGCGGUAUAGUGAAUUUGCUAUCAGUAGUGAGGAAGAGCAAUAUUCGCUAACGAAGCUUGGAUCGUACACGGGAACGGCAGGAGACUCAUUGUUAUAUCACAAGGGCAAGAAGUUUUCGACGAAGGAUCGGGACAAUGAUCCUUGGCAAACUACGGAUUGUGCUAACCAGUGUCAAGGAGGGUGGUGGUACGGGUUCUGUGCGCAUACAAAUCUGAACGGAAUGCGUAUAGAUAAUGUGACAGAAGAGUCAAUGACCUGGUUCCACUACAAUAAAUCUUGGCAGGGUAUGGCACGCUCAAGAAUGCUCAUCCGCGAAACAUAGCGAAUUAUGUGCCAGACGAUUGCGUACCGUAUGCGUUAGUUAAUCCACAAGACUUACGAAUUGAAUAAGCUUGACGUUAAAAUGUCAGUUGUUAUGUUUUGCGGACAAAACAAUUCAUUGCGUAAGCUUUAAAAUGUGGGUAGGGGGGUGGAGGUGUAAAUUUGACAGCCUCGGGGUCCCAACGUCCACCCUUCCGGAGGCCCUUGGAGAAAGUACUCUGUCCACUUUUAUACACACAACAUACUAUAGACUACCGAUCUACGGGGCCCCAGGCAAUCGCCUAGUUCGCCUACCGUUAGAUCCACCUCUGUUAACGAUGUAUGAUCCAAUCGACAAUUGUGUUCGCAGUUUCCUAUAACAACAGUCGAGGUUACAUAAUAAAUAAUUCAUCUCUCGAGCUUGUAUUAACUUUUCUUUCACUUUCACCCUCUCUAAUUUGAAACUCCCUCUUGUUUGAAAGUCCAAUCGGCUCUCCACAAUAUUUAAAAAGUAUAAAAAAUAAAAAGACAGAAGAAAAUUUGUCCUUAACGAAUUCA